CAUUAAAAGAUACAGAUUUCUGAAGAAGCGAACUAAUUGAAGAAUAAGAUUCUUUGAUCUCAAAGAUUAUGAAGAACUUCUGUAAAAAAGAACUGAAACCUUUGACAAUAACGUAAGAGUAACAAGAUCUAAAAGAAUAUGCCUGUAAUAACGCUUGUUAAUUUAGUCAGAUCGAGUAUUCCUACACACUAGGAAAAGUACUUAGCAUUUCAAACUAACAUUGCGAAUGUUGGAAUUAAUUAAACACUUUUGUUUCACUGUCGUUCAACGAUUUUUUCUGUUAUAGAACAAAAAAAAUAUUGAUGCAUAAUUAAAAGCCAUGGAACCGUUUAUACAGGCUGCCUAAUUGAGAUGCUUACAUUUUCAACAAUAAAACAGAUCGUAAAAUCUAUUAUACUAUAUGGAAUAAGAGAAUGUUGUAGGAUUUAUCGUUUUUCGAUGGUGAUUAUUUCGCCUAAUGUUUUAUUGAAAGCUUGAUACCUGAAGUUUACAUAUAAAAUGUAGGAUUAAUAAACAACUUUUUAUAAAUAAUGGUAUACUGGUUCAGAUGUAACAUUAUCAUAGCAUACAUGUACAUUCUUCUGUACCUGUCUACAAUAAUAGAGUGCAAGUUUAACUGUUCCAUAUCACCCUACCUCAGAGAUCGUUGGUAUUUAGUCAAUCAACCAAGAACAAUACUUAGGGUCAGAAGAAAGAGUGUGGUGUUCAAAGAGCCUGGCAAAGAAACAUUGAGAUAUAAGUGUGCUGAAGGCAAAGGAAAUACUUUUCUUCUCAGAAUUCGAGACUAUAGGCCCGGUUAUCAUGGUUACUUAUGUAUCGGAUUUGCUUACAUCGCAUAUCAUGCACGUGCAGAAUACAGCCUCGUUCGGCUAAAUGAUCCGUCUAUUGGUCACAGCUUGAUGGGACCUUUAUUGUACAGAGGAGAUUUUGGUCCUAUGUCAUUGAAUGAUGUGUGUCUUGGUUCAUCAGUGCCUGUCUAUUCAUAUCUUCAGCGAACAAGUCCGGGAUGUAAGUUUCCGAAGGUACUUCGUCAUUCCUGGAGUACUUCUAUUAAGAUUGCAUGGAGAGUGUCCUUUACAAAAUCUGAUUUCACUCUGACAUUAAUGAAUGGGACAGAUGUUUUAUUCAGAUGUGAGAAAAGAGAUAAACAUAUCUUUCAACUGCGAGCUAUUACCAUAACAUCAGGUCAGGAUGGAAUAUUGUGCCUUCGUAUUAAAUCAUUACGUAACGAUCCUUUCUAUGAUUUUGAAAUCGCCCGGAUGAAUAGUGGAAGUACAGAAAUGGGGAUGAUUAUGACAAUACCACGUGGCAAACCAUUUCACAUGCACGAAGAUUGUGAUUGGAUAGACAGUCCUGCUCGUUCGGAGUUUCUUUACACUCUUCCUAAAGCAUGAUGUUGAAAAGUGUAAAACUGUUUUAUUCUGAAUAUCUGUAUAUUCAUAAAUUCAUAAUGAUGUAGUUUCUGUUAUUACUGACUAAUUGUUUUGGUGUUUUAUUUAUAUUUGUGUCUAUUUAUCUUGAAAAUUUCAUUACUUAUAAAGUCAUGUCUUUGGCUAACCUCGGGCCUUUGUUAGUCUUGUAUACUUUUUUUUUAAUUUUGGUUCUUUUAUGUUUCGGAGUUUAGUGUGACGUCAAUUUUCGCUGAACUAGUAUACAUUAUUGUUUAGGGGGCAGCUGAAGCCCGCCCCCGGGUGCGUUAUUUUCUCGCUGUAUUGAAGACCCAUUGGUGCCUUGGGCUGUUUUGUGCUCUUUGAUCGGGUUGUUGUCUCUUUGACACAUUCCCCGUUUCCAUUCUCAAUUUUACACUACCAUUAAGCUCUAUUUAUAACAACUACAUGAUGAAAAGAAGAAUAAGCAAUUUUUAAAGUAUUACGAUUGAUUUCUUUUAAUUAUUUGAAAAACGGAAUCGAAUGUCAUUUAGUUUUCCUUAAUAAAUUACUUUCGGAAACAAAUUUAAUAAAGCAGGUUUUGAUGUUUUAUGUUAUUGCAUAUUCUUGAAGAUACUUUAUAUACUACCAUUUAAAAACUGAAAUGUUUCAAAGUUUUGCUGGAUUUUUUUAAAUAGAGGGUAGUAAAAAUGCGUUUUGAUAAUUGACUGUAUAAUACAUAAUUGAUUAACCUAUGAUAACAUUA